AUGGUACACAAGAAUCAGAAAACAGAAAGCUCCAGCUGUGAGACUGCUGCAUCUCAGCAGACUACUGAAGGCCAGGACGAUCUUAUCCGUCCGAAGAAACUGUCCAACCCUGUUUUGGAAUGUUCUUGUCGUAGAAGGUUACAUCGUGAACUGCUCGUCAGCCACAGAUGCGGUCUCCUGCCUGAAGAGAAGCCGGAGCUCAAGCGGGUGCUGGAACAGAGGAGACUGGAGCAGCACAGAGAGAGAGAACAAGCCUCACAGCCGCCGUCAGACCUGGAGCAAGAGCUGCACAAGAGACGGCAGAAACUCGUGGCGUACGAGCAGGAAGAGCUGAGGCACAGAGAAAACAUACGAAACAUUCCAGAGUUUGUUCGCGUGCGGGAAAACCUGAGACACGUCACCAUCACAGGCUACUGA